AGUUGCGUGCCGUCCGCCAUCGUGAUCGCACGUGCCCUUUAAAAAAUUAUCUUCUAGUACACCCCGAUAUUAACAACUUUCGAAAAAAAGUUCGCGUGUGUCUGUACAUAGUAACGUGCAGUGAUAAUUUGUUAUUAAAAAAAAAAGUGUUUUCGUACAAUGUAAAGUACAGUUGUGAUGAUAUUUUUGGCGGGAAAUACAUUUCUAACACUGUUUGUCGCUAAUGGAAUCGUUGCAGAGGCGGUGUGAACGUAAGAAGCGAGAAGAGUAAUGUGUGUGAAGAGAAUGCGACAAAAGACUAGUUCUUUGUGCGGACAAAACGCGAGUGGUGAUUAAUGUUAAGACGGUGUGCACCAAAAAUUCGACCACGACGUCGAAUUAUUCAGAGUGGGGGACGCUGGCGACCGUGGCCAGCGAUGGUAUGGACUUUGUACUGGGCAAUGAGACCACCGAGGGGUGGAACGCGUCCGAGGAGAGGGCGAGUCAGGAACGUCAGGAUCUGUACAACUUUUGGGCGUGGAGUAUCGUCGAUGGCGCGCUGAUGCUGCUCAUCGUUAGCGGGAACACGCUCACAAUCCUCGCCGUGACACUCAGCCGCCGGCUCUCGUCGCUUGUAUCCAACCAGUUCGUGCUCAAUCUGGCAAUAUCCGACCUGAUGGUGGGCCUCACUCUCCCCUACCACCUCGUUUUCUAUCUGGACGACGACUUCGGCAAGGUCAAGUGGUCGUGUCUGAUGAGGUUCAUACUCAUAAUACUCGCGUGUCUCGCCUCCAUUUACAACAUCAUAGCAAUCGCGGUUGACAGAUACAUAGCUAUAGUCCAUCCGCUGCACUACAGCCGGUACAUGACCAAGCUGAUUACGCGGCUGCUGAUGAGCACCACCUGGUCCGUAGCCAUGUGCAUAAGCUGUAUACCAAUGUUCUGGAAUGACUGGCGCGAAGGCAUCGCUUGUGAAAUGAAUCUUGUGGUUCCAAAGUCGUACACGACGAGCAUCCUGGCCCCGAUGUUCUCGUUGGUAUGGAUGGUAAUGUUCAUACUGUACUGGCGGAUAUGGCGGGAGGCCACGUGCCAUGCGCGUCGCCUGCGCGCCAACACCUGCUGCCCCUCGGGCGCCAACGAUUGGAAGAGUAUUCAAGUGGUGCUUCUGGUUCUCGGUUCCUUUUCCAUAUGCUGGAUGCCGUUUGUGGUUGUGGCAUGCGCUCAGACGUUGCCAAUUAUUCCCCUGCAUAAUCCGAUAGUGUACCGGCUAACUUCAUCGCUCGCCAUGUCAAACUCAGGAGCGAACCCGCUGAUAUACGCGUGGAAGAACGCAGGCUUUAGAGCGGCUUUCUCCAAGUUACUUCGAUGCAAGCGUCCAGAUACGUCGGAAUACAGAGGUUCACCCGCUCCAGAGAGGAAGAGAGGAUCGGUGGCACUUCGAGAAGGUUCCAUAACGCGAUCUAGCGCACCGGCCGCGCUUUCCAGCUUCGGAGGCCGGCCGGCCAGACUACUCUGCGUAGAAAGGGAACCAGACACAGCCAGAUGCCGUAUCAUUGAGAAUGCAGGCUACGUAGACUCGGACAGGGGAGAUGCGAACCCUUCCUACGCGCCUGACGGCCCAACACCUGUGCACAGGCCGGCCAAUCGGCCCGCCGAUAUAGUGUAGUGUAUUUUAAGAAACAUUAAAUAGACGUUCAGAGGGAAACGCAAACGCUUCUAGAAAUUAAAGUUGUUAGUAUAUGUAGGUACCCAUUUCGCAUUUAGGUACCUACCAGUUGAAAUCUACGCUCAAGUUAAUAAAAGCUUUAUUGUUGAAUUAUCACUGAAAGAUUUUAAUAAGUUUCCUGCCGUAAAGAAAUUUAACAUAUAAAGAUGUUCUCCUUCUUCAUCUAAAUUGAGAUGUUUAAAUUAUAUGAUAACUAAGAUGUUUUAUGUAAAUUAUAGAAUUUAACAGAUCUCAUAAAUAUUUUAAUUAAUUAGAUGUGCAUAGUGCACAAUAUUUUACUAGUUGUUGGCAUAUUAUGAAAUUAUAAAAUUCUUCCUGUUUCAAAUAUCUACAUAUCCGCUUCAAAAGUAUCAAGCUACUAACGCCAUCUAUAAGCGUCCAGUAGAACAUUUCCAAAAGACACAGUUGAAGGUUAAAAAGUAGCAAACGAUUUCUUCAGAUAUUGUAGAUGUCGCUGUUAAUUAUAAACGUAGACGUUAAAUUGUACAUAUACGAAUAUAAAUUACGAAAAACUAUUUUAGUAUGUAAACUAAAAGAAAAUUAUAUAAUAAGUAAGUAGUGUAGAUAUGAAAAAAUUAUGUAUUUUGAAUUGCUCGUCGUCAAAUAAACGUUGAACCUA